UGAUGAUAUACUUUAUCAAACCCAUUUAGAAGCAGAAAGCAACCCUUCCUAUACUUUUACCGAAUCUGAUAUAUACAAUAUAGCAUUAACAAGAUUAGAAGCUAUUUUGAUCAGAAAUGGAUUCCGUCUUACCGAUUUUCCAAACAUGCCUUUACCGCUUCAAUUAUUUAACAAUCAUAUUCAGCAAAAUUAUUUACUCGCAAAAGAGUUGCAAUAUGAUCGUGAUUUUCUUAAA